CACAUACAUAGCUUCUCUCUCAAUAUAUAUAUAUUUUUUUUUCUAUGGUGAGACUUGAUAAAAAAAAAAAGAACGAAUGUAACCAAUGUAGAGAGUACAGCAAAAAAAGUACAGACUACAUAUGCAAUUCGAACUUAACCUUCUAUUUUGAAACUGGCGUUGGGGCAUUACUCUUAUAAAGGCCUGUAGCCAAAUAUUGAAGGAAGGAAGGAAGGAACCUUCUAUUUUUUGUUUUGGUGAUGUCCGGUGCUCUGUCACGGGUUAAGUUUCGCAAAAAUCAAAUGAAAGAAUAUAACGAGUAACAAUAAUAAUAAAUUUUGGGAUACUAUAUGUCCCUCACGUCCUGGAGGAAGGACGAAAAACAAACUUAAAUUUUUAAAAGAAGAAAGAAAAAUAACACAAAAAUAUGGAACAAGACUUAAAAUCUAAAAUCGACCAAGCGUGUAGAACUGCUGAGGAAUUCACCAAACUGUAUUACGAGAAUCUAGACAAGCGGAGAUAUCUGCUCUCGCGAAUGUACAUGGAUACCGCGAAUUUGAUAUGGAAUGGGAAUGGUGUGGAAGGCAAGGACAAUAUACAAAAAUUCUGGACAGAUCUGCCAACAUCUGCGCACAACAUUCUUACUCUUGACGCGCAGCCAAUUACAGGCCUAGAAGCAGCCACUCAGUUGACAUUCCUGAUCAAGGUCGGUGGACAAGUGAAGUACGAGGAGAAAAAUAUCAAAUCGUUUAAUCAAACUUUUCUAAUCACGGCUGUGGGUGACAAGUGGAAAAUUGUAAGCGACUGCUUCCGAACGCAAGAAAUAAUGGAGAGUGCGAGCUAA